CUCUAUUUACAGGAUUCAGCUAAGUCAGGAAUUGGAAGCUUCCCCUAUAAACUGCCUCCCUUGAAUCCAUCAACCACGUCUUCACCCACCAUUCACAGCACAAGAGGCUACGAAGAAAGCAGGGGUCCUCCACCACAGUCCCACAAGACUGCUCAGUCACCACAGUCUCUGGGACCUUCACAGAACCCUCACAUCCACCAUUCUACAUACUCCUACCCCAACAUCAGACCUUCAGCCCAGACCCAAGUGGAACCAUGUGGUACUAAUUCACAAAGAGGACAUGAUUCUGCAUCGAGUUCUUUGAAUAAACAGGCUCCACCACCACCUACAUCCUCAUUAUCACCACGGGCAGAUAGGGAGCGCCCUGCACCCUCACCAGCAAACUACACCUCUGUGCCUUACAGUCACCCCCAAUUCCAGCCUCACCCAGGGCUGGUCCAUUCCAGCCCACCAGCCAGCAACCAGGCCCAGGACACAGUACCUCAGCACAACCCCCAUAAACCCUGGAGGAACCAGGAAUCACGUGACUUUUCAGCAAGAGGGGAUUCUCAGGUUGCCAAACGCCUUUCUCAGGCACCGAAUAGGCUUGCUGGGGGCGACCGGGGUCCAGGGACCACCCGGCGUAUGAGCCCUCCUCAGGCCCCUUCUCGAAAACCUGUCAUUACCCCAAACCUAGAAACUCCUCGUCCACCUUGCUCUCUGGAACUUUACACCAAUUUUGGAAGCGUCCCUGCCACAAGCUCAGCACCCUCUACCGCCUCCUCCAUUCCCAGUACCCUGAGCAGCUGGAGAGCAAUGGAUUCUUCAGUGUUAAUCUCAAACCCAAACCAUGUAUCCAUGAUUGGUCAAAAUGUAACACAUCCAGGGUAUCCGGGUGUCCACUCUGUUGUUGAAACCCUUCCAAACCCACAUAGAGGGGUACAAUCUCGGAUUCAAUCCACUCUACCCCACACAGGACAAGGCAGACCUAACUACACCCCUGUGUCCUCUUCUCCCUCCACCCUAAACUCAGGUCUUCAGAGAUCAGGGGAGAGUGUCAUCACCAGCAAGACUUCUCAACACUUCUUCAACACUCUCCCUCGAGUCAGUUCACCUUUACAUUGCCCUCAACCUCCAGAACACAUAAAGGUCAGCUCAGCCCUCAAGCCAAUUUCUAGUAAUUCAUACAACUCAGCGCCCAUCCAAGCUUCCUCCUCAAUUUCUCAGGCAACUACUACUGUUCCAGCCCCAGUCUACCCAAGCUCCUGUUUGCAGCCUGCUGCCCCAAGCUCUCAGUCCAUUGUUGAUGCUUUGAAUAAACUUGAUGCAGAGCUGCAAGGCCACAUGCAAGCAGAAGAGAGAAGGAGAGACCAGAAUGAAGAGAGAAAACGCAAUGUAGAAAGACAAGAAAUGGAGACAAAGCCACACGGUGAGUCUGCCAUCAAGAGUCUGGAACGUUUGCUGUCAGGUAGUGCAGCUGAGUCUCCACCUCCUUGUUUGUCUCCAGCCAAUGCACUCUCCUCCAUCUCACCUCCUAGCCAGAAUUCACCACCUUAUCCCUGGUUGAGUCGGGGAGGAGUGCCCCCACGUUUUUCUGGAACUGCAGCAAACGAUAUGGAACGGUCACAGCCACCUCCCCUCACCCCCCAGACAGAAUAUGCCCGUGAGAAGCAAAGGCAAAGAGAGAAAUGGAAGAGUGGCGCACCGUUUCAGAAUUCCACUGGGAAUCCCACAUACCCCUCAGAGUCAGGUCUCAUCAGCCCCUCCGACAGCCACACCAUGCAAUUGAAACCUGACCCAUCCAAAGAUGUCAAAAUGUUGAAAACCUCUCAUAAUGCUGAGAUUAUAAAUGCAAUUCCCAACCCUCCACCCCUGCGAGAGCCACCCAAACUUUACCAGGCUUUCCCCAAGGAUGUUCGCUCUUCAUGCACACCUAUCAGCACGACUACAAGCAGCCUUCAAAAACAUAUGCCCAGUACAGGACUUGGUAGUUUGGGUAGCAGUUCUAGAAGUUGCAGUGGUGACUCUGAUGGUGCCCAAUUUGAGGAGGAAACUUCUGAGCUCUUGCCUGAUGGAUUGGCUAAUAUUAUGAAGAUGCUGGAUGAGUCCAUCAGGAAAGAGGAGGAGUUGUAUUCUGGCCAGAGUGGAGAACAGGCAGUACUGAAACCUCUGUUUUCUACAAAUGUGGCACCUAUUAAGAGUUAUUUGUGUGCACCAGACCUCAUGCCUGCCCUAAAGCAAUCUCCAACUGAGGGUUAUCAGCCAAAUGGCCAUGCAAGCCCACCUGUGUUAAGUCGGCAAGGUUCACUGGCAUCUCCUUGUAGUCGUACUUCUUCACUUGAGGAAGAAGAGGAGGUUCUUAAGGUCAUUCCCAAGCCUGCAAAUUCCAUUAGCAUGCAGUCUCAAGAAAGCAAUCUUGCCACAACAGGAACCAAUUAUCGCCAUAGUGACCUGGCCAAGCUGUAUGGCCUUCCAGAGGUAGAGAAAAGUGAGUGUGAGGAUGAUGAAGAAGAAGCAGAUCAGGAUGAAGAUGAAACUCCAUCCUGUUCACCACCACCACAACGGCCACACCUCCAUCAGACAGGUGUGAACGGCAUGUUUAAAAACCUUGCGUCUGUACUUGAGAGCCAGAAGUACACCUACCGAGGUGGACCCUUUGGUCGUCCUCCUCCCUCUGCUUUUAUGGGAGUGAAGUAC